UCUCGUUCUCCCCUUCAUCUCACCUCCAGCCAGCCUCCUCCUCGAUCGCACAGCCUCCACUUUCUCUUUCCACUUGUCUCUUUCUCCCGUCCACUCGGCUCUCCCGUCAGCAGCUCUGCAGGCUCGCUGCUCUCCGUCCAACCGCUGAGGACUCAGAGGCACUCAGGACUAAGUCUCUGUCAUUGCAGGAUUACCUGUCAGAACUUCAUCGUGCUUUCAUCUUGUCAGAAGGAGCCAAAAUGGCGAUGAACAGCAUCCUCAACGCUGACAACAUCAAGAAAGCACUCGAUGCAUUUGCAGUGGCCGACUCUUUUGACCAUAAGAGGUUUUUUGACAUGAUCGGCCUGAAGAACAAAUCUGCUGACGAUGUGAAGAAGGUCUUCACGGUGCUGGAUGCCGACAACAGUGGCUACAUAGAGGAGGAGGAGCUCAAAUUUGUCUUGAAGGGCUUUGCCAAAGAUGGCAGGGACCUGACCGAUAAGGAAACCAAAACAUUUUUACACGCAGCCGACAAGGAUGGAGACGGCAAGAUUGGAGUAGAAGAGUUUACCACCCUUGUGAAAGAAUAAGCACCUGUGAAGACGGAGCCCAAAAGACCUCCUGACCCCAUGGCCUCCAUCCUUUUGAUCGCACAAUAAAGCCAAACACAUUGCCCCGAAGCCACAUGCACUCAUCCCAUCUUCUCCCUUUUCUACAAACUCUUCUUGUUUGCGCUUAUGUAUAGAGAAUAAGAACAUGCCUGCAGGACGUAGACCUUGCAUUAUAAAGCAAAGUAGAUAUGUGGAGAGAUAAUAUGCCAGACCUAUUUCCCCCCCCCCUCUGUGCUUCAUCCCCUUAUCUACAUAUCUUUCUUAUUUUAAUUUUCUCAGCCAUUGCUGCCCCUCCGCCUCCCAAAUUAAAAUGAGAUGUAUUAUUGUCAUGCCAUAAGAAGAAUGCGGUUAAGCUGUGAAUGAAAAUAAAUAUGAAUAAAAUGAAGACCAUGUGACUUGAACU